AUUGAUAUUUACCAUUCAUCAUUUAUCAUCUACCUAACUCAGGUAUUUAUAAUAUGUUGGUGUGAUUUCAUGGGCUGAUCUAUUAUUUGUAAAGGGGAGAAUAUAGGGGUUGGAUUAUAUGCUUAUCUUAUCUCGAGCUGAGUGAACCCCGCUAUCGCAUGUAGACUCAUACAUCUCAAGCCAUGAUAUUCCUAUACUUUUGUAUAUUUCCUUCAUAGAUAAUUUAAUAGAUAUUACGUAUAUUCUGAAAUAUCUUGGGUAAAUAUCAAACAGCACCAAAUACACAUUAACGCAACCAUGUCGCUCCCACCACCUCUCAACAUCAACCCACCCCUCGUCAACUCAGCCAACCCAUGGGCAACAACGCUCGAGGACUUAACAGCCCUAUACGAGUGCCCCUCCACCGGCGCCGUAACCACCCGUACAGCGCUUCUGUCCGGCUUCCCACAUGAUCCGGAUAAACACCAAUACUCCUUCUUCAACCCCGAUACCAACAUCCCCGCAGGACAAGUCUCAACUCCCGGGGAUGACGGAACCGCGACCGCGAGCUUGAAUAAUUUGGGAUAUAGCCCUAUCCCGCUAGACUCGUACCUCGGGUUCAUCGAAGCGAUAGCAGCGAAGGGGAACGGUGCCGGGGUGCCGGGGAAAGGGUUCAUCGUCUCGGUCACGGGGUCGCCGGUGGAUGUUGCGGAGUGUUAUGUCCGGAUCGCGAGGACGCAGGGGGUUGUGGGGGAGCAGGUGCCGCUUGCUAUGGAGGUUAAUCUUAGCUGUCCUAAUAUACCGGGUGUUCCGCCGCUGGCGUACGAUGCGGUGGCGCUGGGGGGGUAUUUGAGGGCUGUGAGGGAGGUUGUAAAGGAUGGGGGAGGGGGGAGGGUUCCGUGGGGGGUUAAGACGGCGCCGUUUACGCAUGCGGGACAGUUUGGUGGGUUUGUGGAGGCGUUGAGGGAUGUGGUGGUUGAGGGGGUUUGUCCGGUUAGUUUUGUUACGGCUACGAAUACGCUGGGGUCGUGUUUGGUUCUUGAUGGUGAGGUGAGUAGUAAGGGGGAAGGGGGAGGGGGAGUUAAUGCGAGGUUGGCAGGGACAGGAAUCGGUGGGAUGGCAGGACCGCCGCUGCAUCCUUUGGCGCUGGGGAAUGUGAGGACGUUAAGGGAGAUGCUGGAUGAGGCGCCGGAGACGAGGCAUAUACAGAUUAUUGGGGUGGGUGGUGUGGGAGACGCGGAUGGGUAUAGACGGAUGAGGGAUGUUGGCGCGGCGGUAGUGGGUGUGGGGACGGCGUUGGGGAGGAAGGGGGUGGAUGUUUUUGCGGAGAUUGAAAAGGGGUUGCGAGGGAGAUGGUGA